AUGCGUGAUACCCCUAGUAGUGAGAUGAGUGAUACCCCUAGAAGAGAGAUGCGUGAUACCCCAAGGAGUGAGAUGAGUGAUACCCCUAGAAGAGAGAUGCGUGAUACCCCUAGAAGAGAGAUGCGUGAUACCCCUAGUAGUGAGAUGAGUGAUACCCCUAGAAGAGAGAUGCGUGAUACCCCUAGAAGAGAGAUGCGUGAUACCCCUAGUAGUGAGAUGAGUGAUACCCCUAGAAGAGAGAUGCGUGAUACCCCAAGGAGUGAGAUGAGUGAUACCCCUAGAAGAGAGAUGCGUGAUACCCCUAGAAGAGAGAUGCGUGAUACCCCUAGUAGUGAGAUGAGUGAUACCCCUAGAAGAGAGAUGCGUGAUACCCCUAGAAGAGAGAUGCGUGAUACCCCUAGUAGUGAGAUGAGUGAUACCCCUAGAAGAGAGAUGCGUGAUACCCCAAGGAGUGAGAUGAGUGAUACCCCUAGAAGAGAGAUGCGUGAUACCCCUAGAAGAGAGAUGCGUGAUACCCCUAGUAGUGAGAUGAGUGAUACCCCUAGAAGAGAGAUGCGUGAUACCCCUAGAAGAGAGAUGCGUGAUACCCCUAGUAGUGAGAUGAGUGAUACCCCUAGAAGAGAGAUGCGUGAUACCCCUAGAAGAGAGAUGCGUGAUACCCCUAGUAGUGAGAUGAGUGAUACCCCUAGAAGAGAGAUGCGUGAUACCCCAAGGAGUGAGAUGAGUGAUACCCCUAGAAGAGAGAUGCGUGAUACCCCUAGAAGAGAGAUGCGUGAUACCCCUAGUAGUGAGAUGAGUGAUACCCCUAGAAGAGAGAUGCGUGAUACCCCUAGAAGAGAGAUGCGUGAUACCCCUAGUAGUGAGAUGAGUGAUACCCCUAGAAGAGAGAUGCGUGAUACCCCAAGGAGUGAGAUGAGUGAUACCCCUAGAAGAGAGAUGCGUGAUACCCCUAGAAGAGAGAUGCGUGAUACCCCCAGUAGUGAGAUGAGUGAUACCCCUAGAAGAGAGAUGCGUGAUACCCCUGGAAGUGAGAUGAGUGAUACCUCUAGAAGUGAGAUGAGUGAUACCUCUAGAAGUGAGAUGAGUGAUACCUCUAGAAGUGAGAUGAGUGAUACCCCUAGAAGAGAGAUGCGUGAUACCCCUAGAAGAGAGAUGCGUGAUACCCCUAGUAGUGAGAUGAGUGAUACCCCUAGAAGAGAGAUGCGUGAUACCCCUGGAAGUGAGAUGAGUGAUACCUCUAGAAGUGAGAUGAGUGAUACCUCUAGAAGUGAGAUGAGUGAUACCUCUAGAAGUGAGAUGAGUGAUACCCCUAGAAGUGAGAUGCGUGAUACCCCUGGAAGUGAGAUUUGUGAUAUCCCUGGAAGUGAGAUGAGUGAUACCUCUAGAAGUGAGAUGCGUGAUACCCCUAGAAGUGAGAUGCGUGAUACCUCUAGAAUAUGCAGUAAACAUUUUCCCACCAACACCAGCUGCCCUAAGACAAUCCCAAAGUUUACAUCGGUCAACAGUGUCGAAAGCUUUUUUAAAAUCUACAAACGCAAUAUAGAGUUUUCGUUUUCGGCAUCCGAGAUAUCUCUGAACAAUAGCAUAAAGUGAGAAAAUAUUAUCAGCA